UUCUCUAUAUCCCUUUCACCGGAAAACUCACUCCGACGUACAUCUCCGACUUUAGAUUCUCAAAACCGAAUUUGAAAUUUGAAAUGGCGAAAGGAGGUAACAAACUGAUGAAGCUGAAAUCAGUUUUGAAGAAGCUAAACUCCUUCAACAUCAAACCAAACCAGCCACCGGCUCCGGCCAAUCACGGUCGAUCCUCCGCUUUGAGUGCAUUUCCCUCAGAAGAACGUCACACUGUCUACGUCGGCAGUACACGGCGUCUGUACCACGUGAGCUCUGACGUAGUGAGCCAUCCCCUCUUCCAGCAGCUAGCGGCGGUUGAUGGUGGGUGCGGCGGCGAGGACGGUUCGAUCGCCGUGUCGUGCGAGGUUGUCUUGUUCGAGCAUAUGCUUUGGAUGCUUGAGAACGCCGACGCUGACGAGUCAGGCCUGGAGUCGGUCCACGAACUCGUCGAGUUCUACUCCUGCUAACUCCUACGAUAAUUAAUUAGGUGUCGUCAAAUAUAUGUAAUUAAUGAUUUAUGUUUGUAUAUUCUAUACUUUGUAUACUUUACAGUCUUUUGUUAAAAUCUAUACUUUUUACUGAGUGAUACA